GUUCACACUGCUACCUGCGGCUAUAUAAGCACAAUCCAUCCAUCCCUAGCUUCAUAGCCAAAGCAAAUCAACAACCAACAACACAAGGCAAGCUAUAGCAUCAACACACAAGAUAAACAGAUCGAAGAUCAAACGGCGGUCUGAUGGCCUCCUCCUCUUCCUUCUUUCUCCUUGCUGCUCUACUCGCGUUAGUCUCAUGGCAGGCCAUCGCAUCCGACCCUAGCCCUCUCCAAGACUUCUGUGUCGCUGAUAAGAACUCCCCAGUGCUUGUCAACGGGUUUGUUUGCAAGAACCCGAUGUACGUAAACGCAGAUGACUUCUUUAAGGCAGCCGAACUCGACAAGCCUAGGGUGACCAACAAAGUUGGAUCCAACGUCACCUUGAUCAACGUCAUGCAGCUCGCUGGCCUCAACACUCUUGGCAUCUCGAUAGCGCGCAUCGACUAUGCACCGUUAGGCCAGAACCCGCCGCACACACACCCCCGUGCCACCGAGAUCCUCACGGUGCUCGAGGGAACACUCUACGUCGGCUUUGUCACAUCCAAUCAAGAAAACAGGUUCUUAUCCAAGGUGCUGAACAAAGGUGACGUGUUUGUGUUCCCUGUGGGGCUCAUCCAUUUCCAAUUCAACCCCAACCCCUACAAACCCGCUGUUGCAAUUGCGGCACUCAGCAGCCAAAAUCCUGGGGCUAUCACCAUUGCCAAUGCUGUGUUCGGAUCUAAACCACCAAUCUCAGAUGAUGUUUUGGCCAAGGCAUUUCAAGUGGAAAAGGGAACAAUAGACUGGCUCCAGGCUCAAUUCUGGGAGAAGAACGGCCAGAACUAAAACAAGCCUCAAGAGAUAUAUCAUAUGGAACAUCUAUAUAUUUGCUCUGUGCAAAUUUUGCUUUAAUUUCUAGCUAUGUUAAGCUAUGAAGUAAAUGAAGAAACAUGUUUCGUGCUAGUGCUUGUAUAGUUGUUUGUGAGCCGCGAAUUUAUUAAUUUCUACUUUUUGAAUAAAUUGGCAAUAUUUUGGUUUUGUGAGAAACAGUUGCCAUAAGCUACUCUUAUGUGUGUUUUCUGCACACAAUAGCAAAACAUGAGGAUAAUGUUGUCCCUGUUCCAAAACAGAAUUUGUUGUAUAAACAUCCAGUUAUAUAUAAUAUAAGUUUCAUGA